AGGCGCGUGCAGAGGGGUGGGGGGGGCCCGGGAGCCCAGGCGAAUGGUCAAAAUGGCGGCUGCUCAGUUAACGGAUGAAGAGCUCGUCUCUGAGUUAAGGCGUUCGGGGAUGACGCCGGGGCCGGUCACGGAUAGUACCAGGCCGGUCUACUUGAAGAAACUGAAGAAGUUGCGUGAGGAACAGAGGAGCCGAACGGGGAAGACGCGGGUGACUAACAACAACCUGGCGGCGGCUGUGGGGGGACGCUGGGAUAGCGGAGGAGCCCGCCCGCUCGCCGGGGAGGUGACGCACAGGAGAAGCAGCAGACAUUCCUCUCACACAGAGGCCGGGAAGUCUCCGGUGCUGCUCGGCUUCAGCUCAGACGAGUCGGACGCGGAUAUCGGCGGCACCCCCCAGGCGUCGGGGGGAAGGAGCCCGGCCCAGCGGGACUGUGUGGAGCCGCUAGACGGGCGGAAGGCGCCUAUGUGGUGGGAGUCGAGCAGGCCGCAAUGCCGCCACCCCUUAGAGGAGGAGGAGACGAGGAAGAGCCGGGCGGUGAACGGCAGCCGCCUCUCCUGCCGGGACUAUUCAGACUCCGAUGAGGAGGAGGCGGCGGCGUCUAAGGACGAGGCGCUGAGCCGCCGGUGUAGGCGAAGUAUGACCAGACAGGCCCGGGGUAACGGCAUGGAGCCUCCAGACACAGCGGCCUGGGACAGGGAGGAGAGACAAGUGUCUGCCAGACAUCGGGCCGCCACCGCCAGGAAGUCUCCAGACAAGAGCAACAAUCACCUGAGCUACAGCCACGACGGCGGCUCCUCAUCCCGCCUCUACACAGCCAGCAACAGCAUUCCCAGCCGGCUUCCCUACUCCAACCACGCCGGGCCCAACCACACCUACUACAGCAAGAAGAAGCCUCUGCCUGAGCCCGAGGAGGAGCUGCUACAACAGUUCAGGAGUGCCGAGGUCUCCCCCACCGGAGGCUUCAGUGCCCAUUACCUGUCCAUGUUUCUGCUCACUGCGGCCUGCCUCUUCUUCUUCUUCCUGGGACUCACCUACCUGAGGAUGCAAGGCACAGGCCCUACUGAGGAGGAGAGUAUACAAAGUCCUGAUGGCUUUCCUGGCUAUACACAGAAAAAUCUGCUGAUGAACACUCUUCAUAAACUUCAUGACAAAUUGGCAAAGACAGCAGGAGAUUAUAUCUGUGGUGAUGCAGAAUUUGGUCGUAUUUCCGUCCAGGAGGCAGCUGAAUAUUUACAGGGUCUAGGUCAAGAAUAUAUCGGUGAGUUUAACAACUCUUUGAGCUGGAUUUUACAGUCUGGGAAAGAUGUUGGAAUAAAGUGUUCUGGAGACUUGGAAGAUGAUCACUUAAAUAUCACCAGUGUAAAGUACUUGGAAUCUACACGCCCACAGAUGUCCUUUCUAUGUCGCAUUCGACGUGCAGUUAUUACUGUAGCCUACAGGCUGUCACUUUUACCUCUAGGCAUUGCUGCUGUCUGGGCUGUUCUUCGAUAUAUGAAAUAUCGUUGGGCAAAAGAGGAGGAAGAAACUAAACAAAUGUAUGACCUGGUCAUAAAAAUUAUAGAUGUUUUGAAAAGUCAUGGUGAAGCUUGUCAAGAAAACAAAGCGCUUGAUCCUUGCACACCCAUCCCACAUGUGAGAGACUCGUUGAUACCAGCUUGUGACCGGAAAAAAAUGAAAAAGGCUUGGGAACGGGCAGUUGAAUUCCUGGCUUCAAAUGAGUCUCGUAUACAGACUGAAACACAGAAAAUAGCAGGAACAGAUUUCCUUGUAUGGAAAUGGAUUCAGCCUUCUUCAUGUGACAAAAUUUCAACCAUGCCUUCUAAAGUAUGGCAAGGACAAGCUUUCCAUCUGGAUAAAAGAAAUUCUCCUCCAAAUAGCUUGACCCCCUGUUUAAAAAUACGCAAUAUGUUUGAUCCAGUCAUGGAAAUUGGUGAUCAUUGGCAUUUGGCAAUUCAAGAAGCAAUUUUGGAAAAAUGUAGUGAUAAUGAAGGGAUAGUUCACAUUGCGGUAGAUAAAAACUCCAGAGAGGGAUGUGUUUAUGUUAAAUGCUUAUCCCCAGACUAUGCAGGGAAAGCUUUCAAGGCACUACAUGGAUCCUGGUUUGAUGGAAAGUUGGUCACUGUAAAAUACCUGCGAUUAGACCGGUAUCACCAUCGAUUUCCACAGUCUAUUACGUGCAACACUCCCCUGAAGCCAUUAAACAAACACAUGAACUCUAUGUCACAGUUAAAUCUUCGGACUGCCACAAUAAAUUCUCAGUCAUUAUGAAAAACCUUUAACGCCAUUGACUGUUAUGUGCGAGCAGGGGUGGGGGCCCUGACUUGCAUCCGUCUUCCUUUUUUUUUUUUUUCUUUUUUCUUUUUUUCAUUCCCCCUCCAUUCAAUCUUCAUUAUAUCACACUUCCAGCAAAAGUUCAAGUUUGAAAAAAAAUGAGUAUGCAUCCAAAGGACAAUACAGGUGGACAAAAAAGUGUUAACAGUGGUGUACAAUGUCUUUAUAGAUUAUUUUUUUUUUUUUUUUUUUUUUUUUACAAAAACAAAACAAAAAAAAAACUUUUCAGAUGUUCAUACAUUGUGAACUAGAUGACUGUUUUCUUUAAAUGAAAAGCAGAUAAUUUAUUGAAUUCCUAUGGGAUCCUGCACACUAUUUUGUCAUAUAUAUAAAUAUACCCUAAUAUAAUUGUACAUUUUGAGGCUGACUUCUGCUGUAGAUGGUGAUUUUGUUACAGCUGAAGUGCAGGGGCCAUCUGGCUUUGUUUCAUGAGGCAGGAAAUGGACAAUAUACUGGUCUUUUUUGUAUUUAAAUGUAAGUAAUGAUGGUGGCGGCAAGUCUUGUGCAAAUGUCUGCUUAAAAGCAGUAAAUAAGCUUCCUAUUUUAUUCAUAAUGUUAUUUUAUAUAAUAAAUUGGCUGCACCAUCUCAUUAAGGUCAAACGGCCAAUUACCUUUAAAAGUAUUAGAUAAAAGUUUAAAUAUCUUUUAUAGGUUUUAUAUAAAAUGUCUGACUUGGUUUCUUGUGAGGUCUGAUACCAAUUGUAAAGAUUCAAAUUAUUGUGAGCAAUAAAUAAGCAAUUGGCAGAUGCUGGACAGUGUAA